GGGCUGGUGUCCCUCCGUCCCACUCGCGUGCAGACUGUAAUACCAGUUUCCCCACGACGUCGUCCCCGAGCUCAGCGCACCUGCGAUGUGCUGACAACAGUAACUCAACGGAAGAAUCUUGGCGUUUGAAAUGGCUUUUGAGUACCAGUAAACAUGGAAAAGGCUGAUGUAGAAGGUGAUGAGACUCCAGACCCAGAGCAUCCCUUUGAUUUUCCCGAACACUUUAACCAACUUGAAUUAUUGGAAACACAUAGACACCUCAUUCCUACUGGCGCUCACAGUCUCUGGGUGGGCAAUUCUGACGACGAAGAAGAGCAAGAGGAAAGCGAAGAGUGGUAUCAACAACAAGAAAAAUCAAUGGAAAAUGAUCCAGGCAAAUUGCUUCUUUGGGCUGCUGAAAAAAAUCGGCUUUCUACAGUGCAGAGAAUACUGUCUGAGAAGGCCAGUCUUGUGAACAGCAGGGAUGAAGAUCAGUACACGCCGCUCCAUCGAGCAGCCUACGGCGGGCACCUGGACAUUGCUCGUGAGCUGAUUGCACACGGAGCAGAUGUGCACGCGGUCACUGUGGAUGGCUGGACACCCUUGCACAGCGCUUGUAAGUGGAAUAAUGCCAGCGUGGCUUCUUUCUUACUUCAGCACGACGCGGAUAUCAAUGCCCAAACAAAAGGCCUCUUAACCCCCUUGCAUCUUGCUGCUGGAAACAAAGACAGCAGAGACACACUUGAACUCCUCCUGAUGAACCGUUACAUCGAGCCAGGCCUGAAAAACAACCUGGAGGAAACCGCAUUUGAUAUCGCCAAGAGGUCAAGUAUCUACCACUACCUCUUUGAAGUCGUGGAAGGCUGCACAAAUUCUUCACCUCGGUCUUAAGGGUCUAGUAAUGUUCCUAAGUGUCUAAGUGGUAGUGCCUCCUUUGUGUGAAAUGUAAAGUGUUCCCCUAAUGCAAACUUGGCAUCAAAUGUCUUACUGAAAGACACUUUUGUGUUCGUCAAAGUGAAUUGCCUGAUCUUGAUGUCAAAACAUAUUGGCGGGUUGGAUUUCUGUGGCAUUUAUAAUUUUUCUCACAGUUUCAAUGUAACUAUACUUAUGAAUUUGACACAGGUUGUACAGAAACAAAAGCUAUUUUGGUGCUGAUCUAAGAAAUAUAUUUUUUAUGUAUCUCA